AUGACAAUGAUUAAAAUUGUGAUUCUGUUCUCAUUAAUUUAACAAAAAAUUGUAUUCGCUUAGUUUUUAUUUAUAAUUUAUUUAUAAAAGUCUAUACCGGCCGGUAAAACCUGAAUCGGUUUUACAGCAAAAAUGUAUACCGCUAGUAAUUUCCAUUUAAUGUACCACGGCAAAAGGAAGGAGCGUUUUUGGCUGAUUGAACUAAAAAAAGAUAGAUCGUAUCAGUUGAGUCGGUAGGUUUUUGGCUGACAAUCAUAAAACAGGUCAUAUCAGCUGUGUGCGUACGUUUUCGGCUGGUUGAACUAAGAUAACAAUUUCAGAACAAUUUAUACGCAGAUAAUGUUUACAAAAUGCUUUACGAGCAAUGUUGUGUUUUAUGCUUGGAAAAUAUUACGCCAAUAGAAAGCAGAAUAAAUCUUAACAUGGAGGAUGCGAUCUCUAUAGAAGCACAUAAAAGAAUUGAUAAACAUUUCAAGGAAGAGCUACUCAUCAUGUCGAGUUUAUCAACUAAAUUUGUUUGCAAUAAAUGUUGGGAGUUGCUGGAUUCAUUCCAUGAAUUCUACAUUCGUGUGCAAAACGCACAUUUGGAAGCGCGCUAUAAGCUUGAAGCACUGCAAGAAUCUACAAUAGCAGUUACAGAAAUUAAGGUGGAAACGAAUGAUGUAGAUGAAUUGGCCACAACGUCAAAUGAACGCAAGGAAUGUGAAGAAAAUAAUGGAAGUGUAGAGCUAUACACGAGUAAGGAAGAGAUAAUUGUGGGAGAAUUUCAUAUUAAAAGUGAAGCGAUAUGUGACGAAUCAAACCAUUCAAAUUGCGUUCCCUUGAACUCGUUAGUUGAGGAUGAUAGUAGCAAUUCAAUGAGCGAAGCCUUUCGUAGUUCUGUUUCCACCAAUAAUGUCGACAAAGCUGAACACAAUUCAUUAGAAAAGAAGAAAAGUAAAUUUAAAAAAAGAAGAAUGAAUACCACUAAUGUGCACAGUGAACGCAAUAAGACGUCGCACUAUGAUGAUUUCAUUGCGAAAAAUUUCAAAUUAACUUGUUUUCUGUGUGAAAAAUCUCUAAUCGAUUUUAAAGAAUUAAAAGUUCACUAUCGCGAACAGCAUCAAACAAAUGGAUAUGCCAAGUGCUGCGGCAAGAAAUUAUAUAAUCGUGGUAUUCUCGUGGACCACAUACAUGUACAUAAUAAUCCAGAUUACUUCAAAUGCCAACAUUGCGAUAAGGUUCUCUGUGAUCGAAGUAGUCUCGAAUCGCAUUUGCAACACUUUCAUGAUUCCAACGAACGCAUUGUAUAUAAAUGCGAUAUUUGUUCUAAAGGGUUCUUUCGACGCAAAGUACUUACAAGACAUUAUCUAAUACAUGCUCCGGAGGAGCAGAAAACUGUUAAGUGCACUCAGUGUGAGAAAACAUUCUGCAAUCAAUAUUCCAUGAAACAACAUUUAAAUUUAACUCAUCUAAAUUUAUAUGCAAAGAUUUGUGAUAUUUGCGGUAAAUCUUUGAAAAAUAAAGAAGCAUUACAACGACAUCAAGAGGAACACGCUGGCGUUCAAAGAUCCUCAGUACAAUGUCAAUUAUGCAAUGUUGAGCUCAAAACGCAAUACGGCCUGACAAGACAUAUGAAAACGAUGCACACCAAGGAGUAUCAAACUCCACAAGUAUGUCCAGUUUGCUCCAAAGUAUCACCCACACUACGGGCGCAUAAAAGCCACAUGGAAUAUAUGCAUAGCGGAAAGAAACAUAUUUGCAAUAUUUGUGAUAAGUCCUUCAAACUGCCUAAUUGCUUAAGGGAGCAUAUGCCAACACACACUGGAGAAGUUUUGUACACUUGUACAUUUUGUCCACAAACAUUUAAUUCAAAAUCAAAUAUGUACGCACAUCGUAAACGAAAACAUCCGAAAGAAUGGACGCAGAAAUGCUCAAAGAAAAAUCAGGUGGAUACCAUGGUAAAAUAUGCAGAUGAAAUAGAGCAUGUAUCCAUAAACACGACUUUGAAAAACCAAACAGAAAAAAGUCCAGCGAAUUUUUUAAAUACCAGACAAGACAUUGCCGAUACGACAUAAAACAGAUAUAGAAAACUUCCGGCCAGAGAUAUUCGUAUAAUACAAUAUCCACACCCAAAACAAAAUCCCAUCAGCGCGCGAUUUUUUUUAAUUACUUUUAAACUUUGUCGAGAUGUUCUGAGAGACUUCUUGUAUGAAAUAUUUUGUAUGAUUGGUAUGAUGCCUUUAGUGAUUUUGUAUAGACACAAUUUAUUAUGAUCUCAAGGUUGGGUUGAAUAGGUUGUUGGACAUCGGCUCACUUGAGUCAGCACCGACCUAGCCAACACCAAGCAUAUUAAAUAGGUACCACCCUCCUGUCCCGUUGGUUUCUAUCCGAAAUAAUGACAUUGGAAUCUUUCAUAGAGUCAAUGAAGGUUAUACAGUACUCGAUCCAUUUUUGUAGACGAUAUUAGCAUGACCUGCAGGUUAGGCGGUAAAGAAUUUACCUGUGGUAACGCAUGUCUGACUACUAAAGAUGACUAAAAUCCAAAAGUUCCCGCGAUAGUCGGAUGUUUAUACCCGAAAUACAAAUAACUGUUGCAAGUGUUUCCUUGUGGUGUGGAUUAAUGCCUAAAUUGGCGUAUGUAGCGCGCUUUUUUAUCCGCCUUAGUCCGUCCUGUUUAAUAUUAUAUAAGGAAUUGGCAUAUGCAAUGACUCUGCAUCUUCCCUAUUCCUUCACGCCGCUGAAUAAUUGGAUAACUGUUAAGACCCACCGAAGAGACGAAAGAUCUCCAUCUUUUGAGAUUGGUUUACUGAAGUGCCCUAAAAGGUACCAACUGUCCACCUGAAUUUGUUUUUUUUUUUUCAAGAUCUCUUAAAGAUGUUUCUCCUCUAUCGAGUUCAAUGGAACAUCAGGAAAUGUGUGGUUAAGAGAAAUUCGUGGACUCACUCUGCAGAUACCGUACAUGCUCUACCAGGACUUGCAAGCAGCCCGACGCAGAACGUUCUCAUUAAAAAAAAUCUUUGAGUGUUUGCAAUUAUGAUGAUAUUCAAAUGAAUGUAUGAGACGACAUUUAAGAAUUUAAAACUUAAAUUUAUACAAGUAAAU